ACGGUCCAGUCCACCGCCCCAGCCGCACCUUCAGUGACGUGGAGCGCACGGAGUUCGUGCCAGAGUGUUCCAGCCACUGCUGAUUUCCUCCUGCCAUUCUCCCCCUGCCCGCUGGCCAGCCCUUUCCGGGCAGCCAGGGCCCUGCGAGUUUACCUCCUCCUGGCACUCCACACGGUCCGGCCUACCUGAUGCGGGCUUUUGCGGGGGCUUCCUGCAUUCAGAAGAACGCGAGGAUUUCACCCAGGGUGCCCGCGGCUGCCCGCGGCUGGACAGGAUUCCUAAUUAUGCGCGUGCUGCGGUUCUUUCCCACACACCAGGGUGAACUCUGGGCCCGUUUGCCAUGUGAUAGGGCUGUUGUGACCUCCCGCGUGUCCUUGCGAAGAUGGCCCACAGCCUACCAGGACUGGUACUGUUGGGUCGUGUGGGAAACUUCCGCUUCUGAAGGAAAUGGCCACACUGCUUCCCAAAGAAGGCCCCCGCGCUGUGGCGGCUCCUCUUCCACGUACUCGCGCCGCUCCCAGAACGUGGUGCCUCGGCCUCGCUCACCCCGGGGCUACCCGAGGCCUGUGCUGGCACAGCUUCCGGAGGAUGGCUCCCAGGGCAGCCGGGAGCUGCUGCUGGCCCUGUCCUGGCUCCUGGCCCGAGAGCCUCUGAUUGAGCGGCUACUGGUGCAGACUCGCAUCCAACUGGGCGACCAGGUGCCUGAUUUUGAGAGUGGGGCCCUGGCCAGCUCUGGCCCACCUGUAUUACACAUGGGAGCAGAAGUCCCUGUGGACCUCCGCUGUGUGCAGUGGCUGAUGGGAAAGCUGCGGUUCCGGUGGCGGCACCUGAUCUCCAGUCAGCAGGAGCAGUGCACCCUCCUGGGCAAGAUCCACUUGUAUACCUACGGCUGCCACAGUGACCAGAACCUCGGCCAUCUGUCUGUCACGGAAACUGAGAUGCUCAGGGACCCGGAGGGUGGCCAGCAGCUGCUGUGGGCACUGGAAUGUGAGAACACCCGUCUAAAGGCAGCUCUGGAGUGGCGGCGCUGGGAACUGGUAUUCUGGCGGUGGAUGGACACAGUUCUGGGCAUCUGCCCUCCAGAGGGCCCUGCUGCAGCCUCACAACCCACGAUCCUGCCCAGGAUUCCUGAGCAAGGGCUUGGCGAGCUGGAGCAGGUAGCACAGGAACUGCAGGCCCUGCAUGAGGAGCUGUUGGAGGCAGGCGCCGCCCGGCGGGUGGCCUGGGAGGCCCAGGUUCCAAGCUCGCCGGUCGGGAGCGGCGGCGCCCUCCGGGCAGCUGGACAAGCUCCGUCUCACCAUGCCCACCGGCUGAGCACGGCCGCGCCCCGCCGCGCUCCCGGCCGCCGCAGGGCCUCGUCCUGCCUCGCGUGGGGGCCGUGCGCACCUGGGCCGGGGCCCCGGCGGCUGACCAUGGUGCUGCCGCCCCCAGACCGGCGCCACGUGUGCCUGACCACGCUGGUGAUCAUGGGCAGCAUGGCCGUCAUGGACGCAUACCUGGUGGAGCAGAACCAGGGCCCGCGCAAGAUUGGUGUGUGCAUUAUCGUGCUGGUGGGAGACGUUUGCUUCCUGCUGGUGCUGCGCUACGUGGCCGUGUGGGUGGGCGCCGAGGUGCGCACUGCCAAGCGCGGUUAUGCCAUGAUCCUCUGGUUCCUCUACAUCUUUGUGCUGGAGAUCAAACUCUACUUUAUCUUCCAGAACUACAAGGCGGCGAGGCGUGGUGCAGCCGACCCAGUGGCGCGCAAGGCGCUGACGCUGCUGCUGUCGGUAUGCGUGCCGGGCCUCUUCUUGCUGCUCGUGGCGCUUGACCGAAUGGAGUAUGUGCGCACCUUCCGCAAGCGUGAAGACCUGCGCGGCCGCCUCUUCUGGGUAGCCCUCGACCUGCUGGACCUGCUGGACAUGCAGGCCAACUUGUGGGAGCCGCCGCGCACCGGGCUGCCGCUGUGGGCCGAAGGCCUCACUUUCUUCUACUGCUACAUGUUGCUGCUAGUGCUGCCGUGCGUGGCGCUCAGCGAGGUCAGCAUGCAGGGCGAGCACAUAGCGCCACAGAAGAUGAUGCUGUACCCGGUGCUCAGCCUCGCCACCGUCAACGUGGUGGCAGUGCUGGCACGUGCUGCCAACAUGGCGCUCUUCCGUGACAGCCGCGUCUCUGCUAUCUUCGUCGGCAAGAACGUGGUGGCGCUGGCCACCAAGGCCUGCACCUUCUUGGAGUACCGCCGCCAGGUGCGCGACUUCCCACCACCUGCGCUUGCGCUGGAACUGCAGCCACCUCCAGCGCAGCGCAACUCUGUUCCGCCGCCUCCGCCGCUGCAUGGCCCGCCUGGGCGCCCCCAUGGGCCCUCGCCUACACGUGAGGCACUGGACACGUGACAGGGCCCUGCUGUACCCCAGGGCGCAGAGACGCUGGGCCAACCUGGCCUGGUUUGCAUGGGAUGGGGUGAGGCUGGCUGCCCUCAGGGGCCAGUGCGGUGCAGGGCCGCGGCCGCUUCUUCAUCUCAGGAAUCCCUUGGACCACGGACCCUCAGUCCCCACUGCGCCAGCCCACCCCAGCGCGGAACAGUUUUCGAGGCUUGAGCCCCGUGGAGGUGACCUGGCCUCUGCCUGCUGGGCCUGCCCCUCGGGUGGGAAGGGAGGGCAGAGUGUGACGAUAUCUGGUCCCUUGGUGGGGGUCUCUGGCUCAGAGUUCCGGGCCAAGGAGGCCUCUGUCAUUUUAAAGACUCGCGUUUACAGUUUUGUAUCCAAAGCCUCA